AGAAAAAGAGAAAAACCCUAGAAAAAUCAAAAAAAAUUUCCCAAAAAUUCGUCGAUUUGGGGGGAAAAGAUCCGAUCUUCACACUCGGAAGCUACCUGGAUCGGCUCCAAUUUGCUAAUUCUCGCUUCAAUUUUGGGUUCGAAGCACCUCCUCUUUGGUGUUCGUCGCUCCAAAUUCGUGCUUUGGAUCCUCUCGGUGCUGUUUUGGGGGGAUUUCGCUUUGUUUUUCGAUCUGGCUAAUGAGAAAUGUAUCAACCAAAACCUAUCGCUGGUAUGGGCCCAACUCACGGCAAUUCCAUUGCUCUUAAUAAGCAAGCGGAAUUAGCUCGCAAUGGUGUGGGCUCCCCCAAUGAUGCGAGUAAUAGCGCUAGUGCGGCUUCAAGACAGCGAUUACGGUGGACUAAUGAGCUUCACGAACGUUUCGUGGAUGCUGUGGCGCAACUUGGCGGACCUGAUAGAGCCACUCCUAAAGGAGUUCUCAGAAUCAUGGGUGUACCGGGACUAACCAUAUACCAUGUCAAAAGUCACUUACAGAAAUAUCGGCUAGCGAAAUACAUCCCCGAACCUUCCUCAGAUGGUUCCAAGCCUGAAAAGAAAGAUCCUGGCGAUCUUCUAUCGGGAAUCGAAAGCUCAUCCGGAAUGCAGAUCACUGAGGCUCUAAAGCUGCAGAUGGAGGUCCAAAAGCGGCUUCACGAGCAAUUAGAGGUGCAAAGGCAGCUGCAGCUGAGAAUCGAAGCCCAGGGAAAGUAUCUGAAGAAGAUAAUCGAAGAGCAGCAGCGUCUCAGCGGCGUGCUCGCCACCUCGGAGGCCGACAACCCCUCCGACCCUGACAAGACCGAGCCCUCCACCCCGGCCCCGACCUCCGAAACUCCGACGGCGGGAACGGCGCCAAGCGGCCAUUUCUUUUCCGCGGCCCACGAGCCGCCUCUGACCCCCGACUACCCUUCGAAGGAUAACAGCAACGACGAGAGGGCAAGCAAGCGGCCGCGAACGGGCGAGACGGCGGAUUUGGUUCUCGCACAUCAAAUAUUGGAAUCGAAUUGA